AGGAGCUGGCUGGGCUCAUUGUUGGCCUGGAUCUCGGUGCCUGGAACAAGACGGACGGAUGCCCAGUGCCUCCCGCCACCUGGCAGGGAGCUGGCGAGGGCAGCGUUGCGGCAAGUGUGGGAGAGCUGUGGUGGCAUCACCUCUGCAACCCCCCGCAGUGACCAUCCAGUCCCCUAUCCUCAGUAGAGCAUGGUGCGCUGCAGAGCAGCAGGUUGGGCACCAGCAUCCUCCGCCACCAUCAUCGCUUUCCCUCCGCACUGAAAUCUCCAGAGAAGGGAAAGAGGAAAAAGCUUCAUCACAGCUCCCAGGUGCAGCAGGAGGAGAAGGAUCAGCUCUGUGGGAGUGAGCAGGGCUAGGCCAAGGAGAUGCAGCACGGGAGGAGGAUACUGAGGGGCCAGCUCUCCCCUCUCCUCCUCCUCGCCUUGGCCUGGCUCUGGCUGCUAGCCGGGGGUCGGCGUCCCCCCCGGCCACCGCCUUGUCCUCCAACAUGCUCCUGCACCCGGGAUACGGCUUUCUGCGUGGACUCCAAGGCUGUGCCUAAGAAUCUUCCUCCAGAGGUCAUCUCGCUGACGAUGGUGAAUGCAGCCUUCACGGAGAUCCGAGAGGCAGCCUUCGCCCACAUCCCCUCGCUGCAGUUCCUGCUGCUGAACUCCAACAAGUUCACGUUGAUUGGGGACAAUGCCUUUGCUGGCCUCUCACACCUCCAGUACCUGUUCAUCGAGAACAACGACAUCCAGGCGCUCUCGAAGGGCACCUUCCGCGGACUCAAGUCCCUGACCCACCUGUCCUUGGCCAACAACAACCUCCAGACGCUCCCCCGGGACCUCUUCAAGCCACUGGACAUCCUGAGUGACCUGGACCUGCGGGGCAACACCUUGUCCUGUGACUGCAAGAUCAAGUGGCUGGUGGAGUGGCUGGAGAGCACCAACACCACGGUCCCUGCCGUAUUCUGCAGCAGCCCUGGGCAGUUCGAGGGCCAGCGGAUCCGGGACUUGGCGCUUAGCGACUUCCAGUGCAUCACCACAGACUUUGUGGUGCACCAGGUCCUGCCCUUCCAAUCGGUGUCAGCUGAACCCUUCACCUACUCUAGCGACCUCUACAUCGCCUUGGCGCAGCCCGGCUCCAGCAGCUGCGCCAUCCUCAAGUGGGACUACGUGGAGCGCAAGCUGCGUGAUUUUGACCACAUCCCUGCUCACUCAGCGGUGCACUGCAAGCCUAUUGUGGCGCAGGACCAGCUCUAUGUUGUGGUGGCCCAGCUCUUCGGUGGCUCCUACAUCUACCGCUGGGACACCGCCGUGGACAAGUUCAUCAAGAUCCAAGACAUAGACAACCAGAAGACCCGCAAGCCCAACGACAUCGAGGCUUUCCAGAUCGAAGGUGACUGGUACUUCGUCAUCGCUGACAGCUCCAAGGCAGGCUCCACCAGCCUCUACCGCCUCAACCAGAAUGGCUUCUACUCCCACCAAGCCCUCCAUGCCUGGCACCGUGACACUGACGUGGAAUACGUGGAGAAUGACGGCAAACCCCGGCUGAUCAUCUCCAGCAGCUCCCAAGCCCCCGUCAUCUACCAGUGGAGCCGGGCACAGAAGCAAUUCACGCUGCAGGGGGAGGUGGGAGAGAUGCUGGACGUGCAAAUGGUGAAGCACUUCAAGGUGAAACGGGACCAGUUCCUCUGCCUCAGCCGCUACAUCGGUGACUCCAAAGUGGUGCGUUGGGAAGGGCAGCGCUUCAUCGAGCUGCAGACGCUGCCGUCCCGUGGCUCCAUGGUGAUGCAGCCCUUCUUGGUGGAGCAACGGCAGUACCUGGCGCUGGGCAGUGACUUCUCCUUCACCCACGUCUACCUGUGGGAAGAGGAGAAGCAGAAAUUUGCCAAGUUUCAGGAGCUGUCAGUGCAGGCACCACGGGCUUUCCGCUACGUGCCAGCUGCCGAUGUGCAGCUCCUCUUGGCUCCCAGCUUCAAGGCCAAUACGCUGGUCUACCGGCACGUGGUGGUAGACCUCAGCCUCUAGCAGGGGUUAAAGCCCAGGCUGCCUGCACAGCCCUGAGAUAGCUCUUACCUCCCUCAAGAGCUGCCUGCUUCUGCCUGAGGACACGCAUGCGCCCUUCAGCCCCUUCCUUCUGCCUGCGGCUGGCUUGGCCCCAUGGUCACAGCCUGGUGACAACCCCCCGUGUUCACCUGCCCUUCAAAACCCCCAGCCCCAUGGUCCUGCUGCCAGGAGAAGGCACAGGUCUCAGUUCCCUCCUCUGACACUCCUAGUUUCCCCAUGUGCGGCACCCACAGCUGGUGGGAUGCAGGCAGGAGGGUGGGACAUGGGCAGGAGCUGGUGGCUCGUGGCAGGGAGGUCUGGGUACACGGCAGUGGGGUGGCAUGGAGGGACAUGCAUGGGCAGAGCCAGGCUGCCAGGGUGGAUGGGACGCUUGAGGCCAGUGGGAUGCUCCAAGGUGGACAUGGAUGGGAUGCCCUGAGGUGGAUGGGACGCUUGAGGCCAGUGGGAUGCUCCAAGGUGGACAUGGAUGGGAUGCCCUGAGGUGGAUGGGACGCUUGAGGCCAGUGGGAUGCUCCAAGGUGGACAUGGAGGGGAUGCCCGAGGUGGAUGGGAUGCUUCAAGGUGGAUACAAAUGGGAUACCCCAAGGCAGAUGGGAUGCUCCAAAGUGGAUGGGAUACCCUGAGGAGGAUCAGAGUCUCAAGGCCAGUGGGAUGCUCCAAUACAGAUGGGAAUGGGAUGCCCUGAGGAGGAUGGGACCCUUGAGGCUAGCAGGAUGCACCGAGGUGGACGCGGAUGGGAUGGCCCAAGACAGAUGGGAGGCUCCAGGCCAGCGGGAUGCUGCAGAGGUGAUCCCACCACCUGCAGUAGCAGGACUGGGCACGUCCAAUCCCAAUUUGUGCACAUCCAGCAGCUCCCUCUGCUCGUGUGCCCCUGCUGCCGGGCAGGACACCGCAUGCCAGCUGUACCUGGGGUGUAGCGCCUGACGGAAUGCGUCCCACAGUAAACACACUGUGACCUCCAGCCCUGCGUGUGUCCCCCCACAACCUCUGUGCAUCCAAACACGUCUGCCUGGGGUCCAGCUCCAGUCAGCAUUCUGCACCCCCAUCCCCUUGCACAAAUCCAGAAUGGGGGGAACCCCUUAUUUCAGGGUCCUCCAGGCCCCUCACAUGGCUCUACUUACCUUUUUUUGCUGCAGAUCAAGGCAGCAAAGGGGGAGCAGGAGGUGUUCUUCCAGGGGAAGGAGUCCCUGCACCCCUGCUGUACCAGCACCCGCUCUGCCACCCGUUUGGUUUUCCAGGGGAGCAUUUCCCUGUCCGCCAGGGAUAUAAAUAUACAUGGAAAAAAAACCCCCAUCAAUUAAGCUCACAAAUCAAGGUAACAAGCACCCUGGGGCACAGCCGGCUUUUGGAAGCUGGGUUUGACCUUGGUGGCUGCAGGGCCUGAACCUGGCGCCUUCCCUGUGCAGCCCCUGCAGCUGGAUCUGGUCCUGCCCUGCAGUCCAGGGCAUUACAUGCUUCUGUGCCUCAGUUUCCCCAUCCUACCAGCUGUGUGGGAAGCACAGAGAGCAGUGGAGAGGGUUGCUGGCACCCUGACAGCUGCCAUGACUGGGAUGGGGGUGCUGGGAUGCCCUAGACCACUGGUGGGGACGCAGGGUGGUGGGGAAGGUGAUGUCAGGUCCAUCAGUGAGGACUCCGAGCCCUGCUUUGCUCUGGGAAGAGGAAGCAGCUCCUUUUUUCUCUUGAGUAUCUUGCAGGGAUCCCCACCCUCUGCAGAGCCCUGGCCCUGGUUCAAACAACACACCCGGAGUGGGUGCUUAAGGUUAAGCGCACAUGUAAACCCAGGUGAGGUGCACCCAGGGGAGGGGAUUUUGCAGUGGUUAAGGCUUAACCACACUGAAUCAACACCUAUGGGCUGGUGCCAGCACAUCUGAGUCCCUUGGCAUGAUCCAGCAGCCCUCCCACCUCCACCCAAAGCCCCAGCUCGUGCAGCCCUGCCCUCUUUCACCCUUGGGAUUGCAAUGGGGCACUCUAUGCACCCCACACUGGGCAUAGACCCAUUUCAAUAUCACAAAAACAGCCUUUCCAAACCAAAAAAAAGAAGAAUCACAGGGCUGUUUAGGUUGGAAAAGACCUUUAAGAUCACAGUUCUGUGGUGAUAGUGUCCAACUGCAUCACGCGAAGGGUAAUGGAAUCAUGGAAUGGGUUGGGUUGGAAGGGACCUAAAAGCCCAGUCAGUUCCUGCCAUGGGCAGGGACACCUCCCACUGGAUCAGGGGCUCCAAGCCCCAUCCAACCUGAUCUUGAACACCUCCAGGGAUGGGGCAGCCACCACUGCUCUGGGCAACCUGGGCCAGGGCCUCCCCACCCUCACAGAAGAAUAUUUUUCCCUAGAGAUCUCAUCUCAAUCUCCCCUCUUUCAGCCUAAAACUAUUUCCCCUUGUCCUGUUCCUCCCCUCCCUGAUCCAAAGCCCCUUCCCAGCUUUCCUGCAGCCUCUUUCAGCACUGGAAGCUGCUCUAAGGUCUCCCAGCAGCCUUCUCUUCCCCAGGCUGAACAACCCCAGCUCUGCCGGUGUGCACUCAUAUAGGAGGCAUUUAUCAUGUGUUAAAACAUCUCAUAUGGAUGUAUGGGAGGUGCUCCAGCACCCCGGGGCAAGAUGAUGGGAUUACCUCCGUGGCCUCCUCUGGACUCUCUCCAACAGCUCCAUGUCCUUCCUGUACUGAGGACUCCAGAACUGGACACAAGCUCCAGGUGAGGUCUCACCAGAGCAGAGCAGAGGGGCAGAAUCCCCUCCCUUGCCCUGCUGAUUCCACUGCUUUGGGUGCAGCCCAGGACACGGCUGAUUCCUGGGCUGCAAAUCACAGUGCCAGUUCAUGUCAAGCUUCUCAUCCACCAGCACUCAG